CGUCUCACCCGCUGCGUACACACGCACAGCAAAAGUGAAGUGAAGAUGCUUCUUCCCUUUCGAUUAACAGUCCAGCCCGUAAGCCAUCCACUCCUCUCUCUUCUUCUACCACACCGCCAAACUGUUCCCUGCCAGGGUUUACAGGAGGAACUUGUCCAGCUCGGAGGAGGAGGCGAGAGGAGGCAGCAGCGGGGAUCCGGAGCAGCGUCAGCCCUAUAGCGGACCCGUGGACAGCUCCGCGGCGGUAUGGGUGCGCUGACAAAAGGACGUUACCUCUCCGUGAUGGGCCUCCUGCUCCUUGUUUAUUGCACAGUAUCCGUCAUCUGCAAAGGUGCCACAGGGGAUGCUCAGCCUGACGCGCUACCCUCGGUGCAGGGCACCCUGCCACACUUCAUCCAGGAGCCAGAGGACGCCUACAUUGUCAAGAGCAACCCCAUUAAACUGCGUUGUCGAGCUGCGCCUGCCUUACAGAUCUUCUUCAAAUGCAACGGGGAGUGGGUGCACCAGAAUGAGCACAUCUCCCAGGAGUAUAAGGACCUCAAUACCGGCCUGAAGGUGCGCGAGGUGAUGAUCAACGUGUCCCGUCAGCAGGUGGAGGAUUUCCACGGCCCGGAGGACUACUGGUGCCUCUGUGUGGCCUGGAGCCACCUGGGCACCUCCAAGAGUCGCAAGGCUACUGUCCGCAUAGCCUACCUGAGGAAAAACUUUGAGCAGGACCCCCAGGGGAAGGAGGUGCCAAUCAACGGGAUGAUCGUCCUGCACUGUCGCCCUCCAGAGGGAGUGCCUGUGGCGGAGGUGGAAUGGCUGAAAAACGAAGAGCCGGUGAGCUCCCUGACCGACGACAACAUCGACACCCGGGCCGACCACAACCUCAUCAUCAACGAGGCGCGUCUCUCCGACUCGGGCAACUACAGCUGCCUGGCCAGCAACAUCGUGGCGAAGAGACGCAGCGCCACAGCCACUGUGAUCGUGUUUGUGAACGGCGGCUGGUCCCUGUGGACGGAGUGGUCGCCCUGCAAUGUGCCGUGUGGGCGAGGUGUCCAGAAGCGAUCUCGAACCUGUACUAACCCGGCACCUCUCAACGGCGGGGCUUUCUGCGAGGGCAUGUCCGUACAGAAGAUCACCUGCAACGCUCUCUGUCCAAUCGAUGGAGGCUGGGACGAGUGGAGUGAAUGGACCGUGUGCAGCAGCCAGUGCGAGAAGCAGCGGAGUCGCGGAUGCAACUCCCCAGCACCAAGACACCGAGGCAAGACGUGCGAGGGGAACAGCGAGGCCACUGAGAACUGCACAGAUGGACUGUGUACCCAGAAUCGAAAGCUGCUACAUGACGUUAAACCUCAAAGUAUGGACAGCUCCAACGACGUGGCUCUGUACUCGGGCCUGGGAGCCGGCAUCAUCGCGGUGGCCAUCCUCGUGGUGGCCGUCAUGUUGUACAGGAAGAACCACAGCGAGUACGGCGUGGACGUCAUCGAUUCCUCUGCGCUCACCGGGGGUUUCCAGUCUUUCAACUUCAAGACCACCAGACAAGGCAACCCGCUGCUUCUCAACUCCUCCAUGCAGCCAGACUUAACAGUGGGACGGACUUACAGCACCCCCCUCUGCUUCCAGGACAGCGCAGACAAAGAGCUCUUUGACCCCCUGCCAGACAUCAAGGUCAAAGUUCAGAGCUCCUUUAUGGUUUCACUAGGUGUGGCCGAGCGGGCGGAGUUCCACGCCAAAGCCCCCGCCGAGACCUUCCCGCGGGACCUGAGCCGGGACUACUGCGGCUCUGUGGACAGACGCAAGAAGGGCCUGCUCACCCUCAACGGGCCCCUCAGCACCAGUAAAGAGCAGCUGAGGACCACCGGUGUGUUCGGACACCCUGGAGGACGUCUGGUGGUGCCAAACACCGGGGUCAGCCUGCUGGUGCCACAUGGAGCCGUGGCUGAAAAUAUGUCCUGGGAGAUGUACAUGGUGAUCAAUCAGGGAGAGGCAAGUGUCCAAACACUGGAAGGCUGUGAAAUCCUCUUGGGUCCGGAGGUGACGUACGGUCCUCCAGGCUUGGACCUCUUCUGCCCGGUGGCCAUGACCAUCGCUCACUGUGCCGAGAUGGAUGCUGAGAACUGGAACAUCCAGCUCAAGAGGAGAACCCAGGACAGCAAAUGGGAGGACGUAAUGUCAGUGGAGGAUGAAUCCACUUCCUGUUACUGCCUAAUGGACUCGGCGAGCUGCCACCUGCUGCUGGACCAGCCGGGCUCGUACGCCCUGGUGGGCGAGCCCCUGACACAGGCUGCCGUCAAGAGGCUGAAGCUGGCUGUGUUUGGGAGCAUGGAGGCCAGCUCCAUGAGCUACAGCCUGCGGGUGUACUGUGUGGACGACACGCCGCACGCCUUUCAGGGAGUGGUGGCUGCAGAGAAGAUCAGAGGGGGUCAGCUCCUCGAGGAGCCAAAGAUGUUGCCUUUCCGAGCGAACACCUUCAGCCUCCAGGUGUCCAUCCAGGAUGUUCCCCAGUUCCUGUGGAGCAUCAAGCCCUUUACCACAUGUCAGGAAUUCUCCUUCCCCCAAGUGUGGUGCAGCAACCAGCAGCCCCUGCACUGUGCCUUCUCUCUGGAGAGAUACAGCCCCGCCACCGCCCAGCUCUCCUGCAAGAUCAGCGUGCGUCAGGUCAAAGGCCACGAGCAGAUUCUGCAGGUCUACACCGCGGUGGCCGAGACUGAAAAAGAUUCGGUUCCAUUUUUUAUGCAGACAGACUGCACCAUCACGUCCCAGACGGGGCCCAAGGCCUUCAAAAUCCCCCUGUCCAUCCGCCAGAGGAUCUGUGCCACCUUCGACACUGCCAACGCCAAGGGCAAGGACUGGCAACUCUUAGCCCAGAAACUCCACUUAGAUCGAAACCUGGGUUACUUUGCAAAGCAGCGGAGUCCAUCAGCAGUCAUUCUGAGCCUGUGGGAGGCUCGCCACCAGGACACUGCUGACCUUGAUUCUCUAGCCAGUGCCCUGGAGGAGAUUGGCAAGAUCCAUUCCAAAAUCUCCCCCAAGGAGCAGGAUGAGCCGGAGUCUGACUUCAAUCACAUAGAAGCGGGAGGUCUCUGCGGAACGGGCAAACUAACGAGUCAUAAGACAGAGGAUGCUGCUCCUGAAUACACAGGCUGAGAGGAGAGAAACACACUGACAAACUAAGACAUAUCUGUGUGACAGACAACACACUGCGGCGGUGCGCUGGAGGGUCAUGAGGCUGCCGGUGAGUAGACUGAGCGAGCAGUCGACACGCCGACCAAUCACAACGGUUCGCGGUGAGCUGUCGCCUGCUGUGGAUCCACCACCCUCUCUUUAUAGAAUCUGUCUGAGGAUGGACUGUAAAUCUUCUUCUGCCUUUUCACUUUAUUUUUAAUUUAUUUGUUCUUUAUUUGAAGUUAAGACUGCCCCCCCCCGUGUAUUCAUGUUCCAGCUCAGAUGAUAAGUGGGGGAGGAGGGGUGGAGGGUGGAGGGUGGGGGGGUGAAUUUUCUGAACUUUUGUGUCUGUUAUUUUCUGAAUCUGUGUUAGAAGAGAGUGGAGCUCCUUUCCCCCCCCCCCCCGGGACUGUCCCUGCCGUCUCCUCUCCUGUCCCCAGUGGUCCACAUAGCUCUGGACAUAUUUGCAUAGACGCUCUUAUAUGCAAAUACGGUGAUACUACUGUGGUGUCAUUUCAGAGACACCUGUAACUGAUUCUUUUUUUCCACACAUACCCCUGAGUCACCGGAUGAAUGAGGACACUUCAAUUAGAAGCUACUUUUUUUGGCGUCCAACAUUAUAUUUUUAAAUGGAAGCUGCUAAUUGCUUAAAUGUUGUGAUUGUGAACUUUCAAAGCCAAGUAUCUUUAAAUUUAACCAUUUUCAUCUCUUUUAAAAAUCCCAAAACAUCUAGUGCUACAGGAAGACUUCUAACAGACAACCGCUGUUGUACAAACAAAUCAUUAAAAGUAUGAUAUCAGCCCCCGUCUGAGCUUGAAGGACAGUGCGGUCAGAAGAGCCUCCCACAUGUUGCGAAGGAAAGAAAAGCGUGGUCGCUGUGUGUAAUGUGGCAGAGUGAGAUUUUGAACUGUGGCAUUACAGUUCAUUACAGUUUCCUCCACCGACUGAUAGAGAGGGAGGAAGCCAUAAAACAUCAUUUCCUGGCACUGAAGGGAGCGCGUCACCGUGUCUUAUCACCCAAUUCCUGCCAUUAACACCCGUCACAUAGACCUCAUAUCAGGCCUAUCAAGAAUGGGAAAGGUAAUCUUUUUUUUCUCCCCCCCAUUAUGAUUGUUUCUUUAAUUGUGACUAACUGGAUUCUCCUUUUCAUUCCUGCAAGCAAAGAGUGUCAAAAAAUGGAAAUGUGUGCUUUUGUAACGCUUAGCGGUGGCUUAUGUUGCAUUGAGAGCAUCCUGUCUGUGCGGUACACCCCCAUCACACUCAACGUUCACCCUCAUCAUGGAUGUGUUGCAGCUGUGUCUACUGUAAAACUCAUACAAGUGAAAUUCUGUUUUUUAAGAGUGAGCUCAGACACACACACACACACACACACACACACACAUACACAGAUGUAUUCUCACUAUGUAUAAUGCUUUGGUGUAAGACUAACCCUGUUUCAGGAGCUAAAACGUUCACAUGUCGUGUCCAUGAUUUUCUGUCACCUGAGUUGGUCGGUCUCAUGCUCUUUUUUGCUUCACGCAUGGCCUUCGGCUUCAUAUCACUAUUCUUGUGCCUUGUUUAACUACUGUAAAUGGUGAAUGUUGUAAAGUACAGAUGGGGAUGAAAAAAAGAACAAUUAAUCAUACUGACAUACAUUUAAAGGUAUUAGUUGAAAAAGUAUUUAAGAUUAUAAUAUUGAAUAGGCUGCAGAGCUUUUCUAGUGCUGAACAUCUAUGUUUGGUAAUGCCAGGGCAGCUUUGUGGUAUAUUGUAUCUAUAAUUAUGGACAUUUUGGAUGUUUUCUGUACAGUAGAAUUUGCAAAUGUAUAUGCAGCCUUUUGGAAAUAAAUGUACAGUUGAAAGAUCUCAACUUGUGUAAA